AUGGAAAUAGAAUCUUUAUUAACAGCAACAGCAGAAAAAGUAGAUAUUAUUUUUAAUAAGUUGCUGGUAUCAAAUGAAAAUAUUAUCGAUUGGGUUCAAUUCUAUCAAAAAUCAUAUAUUAUUGCAUCUCUCAAUCUGAAUAUUUCAAAAAUUUCUCAUAAUGAUUGGCAUGCGGCAUCUAAUAGUACAAAUUAUGUAGAAGCAGCACAUGCUACAAGCAAUCGGGAAGAAAAACAGCUUAAAUUAAUGACUGCAAUAUUAAGAGAACAAAGAUUGGAUAUGCAAUAUUUCAAAAGAAUAAAAAUUAAAAACAAUUAUAAUAUUGAUCUUAGUGGACAUGACAAAAGUA